AUGGUUUACAUUCGGCAGCGCAACUUGCCAAAGUUGCACGAAUACAAGUAUGCCGGCGUCGAUAAGUCGCUGGUGUCCAAGUACAUCCUCAAGCCGUUCUAUACCAAUGUCGUGAUCAAAUGCUUUCCUAUGUCCAUGGCACCGAACUUGAUCACCUUGACCGGCUUCAGCUUCGUCAUCCUCAACUUCAUCACCCUGCUCUGGUACAACCCGACCCUUUCUGAAGAUAUGCCGCCCUGGGUUUACCUGUCCUUCUCGAUCGGCCUCUUCCUCUACCAGACAUUCGACGCGGUGGAUGGCUCACAGGCAAGACGCACACAUCAGAGCGGCCCGCUCGGCGAGCUCUUCGAUCAUGGCGUCGAUGCAUGCAAUACCAGUCUCGAGGUGCUGCUCUUUGCUGGGGCCAUGAAUCUGGGCCAGAGCUGGAACACGGUACUCACCCUGUUCGGUGCUGUUCUGACAUUCUACAUCCAGACCUGGGACGAGUAUCAUACGCACCAGCUCACACUCGGCGUCGUAUCUGGCCCUGUCGAGGGAGUGUUGACCCUGGUUGGCGUUUUCUUCGUCACCUAUUUGAAGGGCCGUGGGAGCUACUGGCAGCAACCAAUGCUUCCUGCCAUCGGCGUGCCGAAGACCGCAGCCGUGCCGGACGCCCUGUACCAGCAAUCGUGGGCGGAGUGGUGGAUGCUCUUCGGCGGUCUUGUCCUGACUUACAACACUGUGAGCAGCAUCAGGAACGUCAUGAAAGCCAGACGCGAGCGCGGCCAAGACCCAAUGAAGCCACUGCUGGGGCUUGCACCUCUGGCUAUCACCUGGACUCUGAUUCCCGCCUACUUGUGGCUCAACCCGAUCAUCCUGCACCGACACUUGAUCCCGUUCGUCCUUUUCGCUGGGAUUGUCAACGCCUACUCCGUCGGUCAAAUGAUCGUACGACACCUGGUGAAGGAUAGAUUUCCGUACAAGAACAUCCUCCUCCUACCUCUGGCCUGGGGUGUCUUCGACAGCUUGGGGCCAAAGCUCGGACUGUGGCCCAGUGCACUUGGCGGUGAUACCUACCAGGUGGCGUUUGUCUUCAUGAUGACUGGACUUGCCUUCGGAGUAUACGGAAGCUUUGUCCACGAUGUGAUCACAACCAUCUGUGACUUCCUCGAUAUCUGGUGCUUGACCAUCAAACACCCUUACAAGGAGGGAGAGCCCGAUGGUGAAGUCAAGAAAUCCAAGUAA